AUGUGGAACGAGGGAAAACUCGCUGCCCAGAUCCUAGCACACAUACAAGCUGAAGACCGGGCCCUGGCAAAAUUCACCUCUCGAGACAUUGACAACCUCCUCGCCGAUCAUCGCCAAGCCGAAUUAGCUGGCAAAACUCCUAUUGCGUGGCUUUCCAAUCACUUGAAAGACUCUCCCGACUACUGGUCUCGGUGCCUACAAGACGACUCUGGUCACAACAUGAAAUCCAUUUUCCAGAGGCUUCGGCAGGUGAACCUCGAUAUCUCGGCCAAUACGCGAAGGCACUUUCCGAAGGUUACAAAGGGCCAACACCUGACGCAUCGGCAGUUCCUUGAUAAGUGGAAUAGUGUCUUGCAAAGCAAAACGACCGAUGCGUAUAAAGAUAGGGUGGCUGCUCUCGCGACAGAUGGAUUUCCCGCUGCUGCCGUUGACUACGUUGCCGACACCUGGCUACACCCAUGGAAGACUAAACUGGUCGCUCGCUGGAUAGACAAGGUGCGCCACUUCGGCAGCGUGGAUACCUGGCCUUGCAACUCUGCUUCUAAGGGCCUCAAGCGAGAAGUCAGCUGCCCUACGGGCGAUUUAAGGAGGGUUUUCGACAAAAUGGCGCUUUUCUGCAAUACUCAAUACGAUACCAUCAAUUUGGAUUAUGGGCGCCAGGAGCGCAAGAGUCUAUGCGCGGCGUCUCACCUCACCUUUGACAUAAUUCGCCACCUUGUCUGCCCAACAGCGUUGAGUCUCCUCCUCAUCGAACUGCGCAAGAUGGAGACGGAAAGCGAAAGAGGCAAAUCCCUCGCGGUUAAGUCAAUCGAAAAGCCGCAGGAUGCGUGUAAACCCUGCAGCAUCAUGACAACCCAUGGGCUUCCAUGUUAUCAUGUAAUCUGGGAAUUCGCUGGCAAGGGCCUCCCGCUGCCAGUCACGAAAGUUCACACCCGCUGGCUCUGGGAGGCCCGUCUGCCACCUAAUCAUGCCCGUGGACCCCUGCCGGGUUAA